AUGCCCGCUGUGAGGGCUGUGUGUUAUGCAAUGAAAUGGGUGGAACAGUACCUUUCUCCAGUGGGAAGAUUAAAGGUUCUUACAGAUGCUCCAUCUUUUGAAGAACUUGAAAAAAUGUUUUCCAAUUUAGAUCCCGGAGGACGAUAUAAACCACCCACAUGUACAUCUAGAAGUAAAAUUGCCUUAAUUAUUCCUUACAGGGAUAGAGAAACACAUUUAAGAAUGUUUCUCCAUAAUAUGCAUCCUAUGCUUCAGAGGCAGAUGUUAGAUUAUGGAAUAUAUGUUAUCGAAGAGUCUGGUGAUUCUAAAUUCAACAGAGCAAUGUUGAUGAACAUUGGAUAUGUUGAAGCUUUGAAGCAGUAUGAUUAUGACUGUUUUAUUUUCCAUGAUGUUGAUUUAAUACCUGAAGAUGACAGAAAUUUGUAUUCAUGUCCAGAGCAACCAAGACAUAUGUCUGUAGCAAUAAAUACAAUGAAUUACAGGCUACCAUACAAAGAUAUAUUUGGUGGAGUAAGUGCCUUGACAAAAAAGCACAUGGAAACAGUAAAUGGUUUUUCCAAUGAAUUUUGGGGAUGGGGUGGUGAAGAUGAUGAUAUGGCUAAUAGGAUCAAGUUUCAUGGUCUUCAAAUUUUAAGGUAUAAAGCAAAUAUUGCCCGGUACACUAUGCUAAAACAUAAAAAGGAUGACCCUAAUCCUGAUAGGUACAAUAAAUUAUAUAAGGGAAAAUCAAGAUUCAAAAAAGAUGGCUUAAGUAACCUAAAAUAUAAACGAUUAGAUAUAGUCCUUAAAAAAUUAUACACAUGGGUGCUGGUUGAGAUAGAACCCAUUAAAAAGUAGUGUUUUCAAAUUUGGUGGCAUAUGAUGAGUUUCUAAUAUGGAUGGUGAGUUUCCAGAAAUAAUUUAAAAUGAAAAUACCAUGGAAGUUACUAGUGAGGUUUAACUUUGCUCAACCUUUAUGUUAUUGUCUUGCAUUGAAUU